AUGCCCUUCAAAAUCGAACCAAGGGAGAUGUGGAUGGCGAAAGAACCCAAGAAACAGAUGAUUCCUGACAUCGUCAAGCCAGCCAUAUAUGUCUUCUUCAGCUACGUCCUGAAGGAUUACGACAAGAGGAUCAACAUCCACCCAGGACCUCGGCCUGACUUCCUGGCGACAUGUCGGGAACUGCUGUACAUUCAGCGUGGCGACAUGAGGAAACUGCCGGACAUUCGGUUCAAUUUUGCUAUAGGUCCUGAUGGCUCUGUGUAUACUGGUAGAGGAUGGGACAAACGCCCGACACUUCCAAGAGCUUUUUCUCAUUUCUGCUGGAACAGUCUUUACAUUUCUUUCAUCGGAGACUUUCGAACUGAAGAUCCUUCAGACGAAGCCUUCCACAGUAAAGAAGAAUUUCUCAGAUUAGGUGUCAGAGAGAAGCAUAUAAACCCACGAUUUGUCGAGUUCUUCUUGGGAUAUCGACCGAAUGCACUGGAUCCUAAAUAA